GGCUGGAGUCGGAUUGCGUCGGAUGUUUUUCGCCUUGUGAGAGGCGCACAGCGGGACGUGGUGGUUGUAAUCGUCGGUAAUGGUCAUCAUCCAGGCCUAUAUUUAACAUUUGAAUGAUACCACUGAGUUAGGAAGGCGUUUUCUCCGCCGCAUGCACACUCGAGGAGACGGCACUGCACGCUACCGACAAUAUGGACUUGCACAUAUUGGACCACAGGCUCCGAGUCAUCAGCAUAUCCAAGAAUGGGCUGGUGAAUUUCACACACCCCCUGAUUAAACUGAUAUUCCUCCGGAACAGAACCCGAUGCAAGUUUUUCAGUCUGACAGAGACACCAGAGAAUUACACAGUUGUCCUUGAUGAGGAAGGUUUCAAAGAGCUCCAGCCCUCAGAGCAUCUCAAGGUCGAAAGCUCCAUCUGGCUGCCGCUCAACGUGGCCUCCAAUGGCAACGCCUCCAGCAGCUCACAGGCUGUCGGCGUGACCAAGAUCGCCAAGUCGGUCAUCGCCCCUCUGGCCCAGCAGCACGUUUCUGUCUUCAUGCUCUCUACUUAUCAGACCGACUUCAUCCUGGUAAAGGAGAAAGACCUGUCCGUAGUCGUCAGCACGCUGGAGGAGGAGUUCAAUAUCUACAAAGAGGUGGGAGGGGAGUCUGUACCUAUGCAUUGUCAGGAUGUCAUCAACGGCCUCCAGAAGAACGGCAAAGAAGGUAGAGGUCACUUUGUUCAGUCCAUCCAGCCCACGGUCCACCCAGUAGUAAUCCCCCAGAACCAGUUCUGUGUCAUGUCUCUGGACCCGGACACUCUGCCGUCCAUCGCCACCACGCUCAUCGAUGUCCUGUUUUAUUCCAACAGUCCCAAGGAGGAUGCGCAGUCGGCUCCGAGCCAGGGUUUGGACUGCAUCAAGUUCUUCUCCUUCUCCCUCAUUGAUGGCUACAUCUCACUGGUGAUGGACACCGAGGCUCAGAGACAGUUUCCUGCUGACCUCCUCUUCACCAGCUCCUCUGGGGAGCUGUGGCGAAUGGUUCGUAUAGGCGGACAACCGCUGGGCUUUGAUGAAUGUGGAAUAGUGGCCCAGAUAUCUCAGCCUUUGGCGGACAGCGACAUCUCUGCCUACUACAUCAGCACCUUCAGCUUCGACCACGCUCUGCCAAGGUGCUGGAAGAAGUGGUUGCCACACAGGUUCAGGACCAGCUUAAACUAAACUGCCUCUAUGAGAAAUUCCAGUCCGGUUCCCGUUCUGCCCACAGCACUGGAACAGCUCUAGUCAGGGUCACAAACAACCUGCUGAUGGCGGCUGACACUGGCUCACCAUCUCUACUCAUCCUCCUGGAUCUGAUUGCAGUGUUUGACCCUAUCGACCACAACAUCCUCCUUCAGCGCGUCCAAUACACCAUAGGACUCUCUGACUCUGCCCUGAGCUGGUUCCAGUCUUACCUGUCUAGAAAAACAGAGUAUGUCUCCUUGGGAGGUGCAAGCUCCCAGUCCUCAAGGGUCGACCCUCGGGGCCACUCUUUUCACCCUCUAAACUCUGCCCCUUGGCAAUGUCAUCAGCCAGCAUGGAAUAUCGUUCCAUUGUUAUGCUGAUGACACGCAGCUAUAUAUAAAGACAGAUCCUAUCGCCCAUGCAUCAUCACUGACCUCUUCAUCCAUAAACACCUGCCUUGAGGAGAUAAAGGCUUGGAUGCAACAGAUUUUCCUGCAGCUAAAUAUCAGCAAAACGGAGGCUAUUUUAGUCGGCACACCAAAACAGAUCCAGUCAUCUCCCAUAACCCACAUCACCUUUUCUGGCCAAAACAUUCCACCCUCCGCAACAAUUACCAACCUGUCUUUAAGAAUUGACCGUCAUCUGACCUUUGAUACCCACUUCAAACGCCUGUGCAAAACCUCCUUCAACCACCUCAGGAACAUUGCAAAACUCCGUCCCACAUUCUCCCAUUCAGAUGCUGAACAACUGGUCCAUGCCUUUGUAUCCUCAAGGCUCGAUUACUGCAACGCUCUUCUCAUCGAGAAUCCUAGUGGGAGCCUUCAAAAGCUCCAAUAAAUAGAGAACAGAACCGCUAGGAUCCUGAUGAGGGUGCGAAAAUAUGAUCACAUCACACCCAUUCUUCAUUCCCUCCAAUGGCUUCCUGUCCCGAAAUAUCACUACUCACUCAUCAGUGCAUCCACGGGAAUGCCAAAACUCUGCACCCUGGGGAAUCGUGCCUUCUGUGCAGCUGCUUUCCACCUGUGGAAUUCCCUCCCUGAACACCUUAG